GAGUGACGCCCAGUCUGUCUUCGACCCGCAGGUCGCGAUGGCCUUCGUCUCCGAGCCCUCCGCGUGCCCGCCAGUGCUCUGCCCCAGCACCCGCACCCACGGCAGCGGUUCGCCCAGGCACUUCACCAGCUCCGCCGAGUUGUACUUCCUGCAUCACCUGUCUGCAUCACCUGCGAAGCGGCGCCUCUUCCGCACCUGGGGCCGCAUCGGCAGCUUCGAGUCCGGCGAGUUUGGCUUCGGCCUCUUCGCCCCGGCCUCGCGCGCCGCCUGGAGUCGCGAGGGUGGCGCCAUUGGGUCCCAGUACCUGCACUGCCUCGCAGGGCGUCUCAUGGUAAACACGGCGGCACCGCAGCUGAUUCUUCUGGCGUCGUGCUUGGCGGCUUCGCUCAUGAAGUUUGUGGUCAUUGGAGCGGCGGUGCUCGGCUAA